GCCGGCAUGGAUGUGCUCAGCCCCGGCCAGGGCAACAACACUACAUCCUCCCAGGGUCUCUUUGAGACUGGCGGCAACGCGACUGGCAUCUCUGACGUGACCUUCAGCUACCAAGUGAUCACCUCUCUGCUGCUGGGCACCCUCAUCUUCUGCGCGGUGUUGGGCAAUGCGUGCGUGGUGGCCGCCAUCGCCCUGGAGCGCUCCCUGCAGAACGUGGCCAACUAUCUCAUUGGCUCCUUGGCGGUCACCGACCUCAUGGUGUCGGUGCUGGUGCUGCCCAUGGCCGCGCUGUACCAGGUGCUCAACAAGUGGACCCUGGGCCAGGUCACCUGCGACCUGUUCAUCGCCCUCGACGUGCUGUGCUGCACCUCGUCCAUCCUGCACCUGUGCGCCAUCGCGCUGGACAGGUACUGGGCCAUCACGGACCCCAUCGACUACGUGAACAAGAGGACUCCCCGGCGCGCCGCUGCGCUUAUCUCGCUCACUUGGCUCAUUGGCUUCCUCAUCUCCAUCCCGCCCAUGCUGGGCUGGCGCACCCCCGAAGACCGCUCGGACCCCGACGCGUGCACCAUCAGCAAGGACCACGGCUACACUAUCUACUCCACCUUCGGCGCCUUCUACAUCCCGCUCCUGCUCAUGCUGGUUCUCUACGGGCGCAUAUUUCGAGCCGCGCGCUUCCGCAUCCGCAAGACGGUCAAAAAGGCUGAGAAGACCGGGGCGGACACCCGCCACGGAGCAGCCCCGGCCCCGCAGCCCAAGAAGCGCGUCAACGGAGAGUCAGGGAACAGGGACUGGAGGCGGGGCGUGGAGGACAAGUCCGGGGGGGCUCCGUGCGCCAACGGCGCCGUGAGGCAAGGCGAUGAGGGUGCCGCCCUGGAGGUGAUCGAAGUGCACCGAGUGGGCCAUUCCAAAGAGCACCUGCCGCUGCCCAGCGAGGCUGGUGCCACCCCCUGUGCCCCCGCCUCCUUCGAGAGGAAAAACGAGCGCAACGCUGAGGCCAAGCGCAAGAUGGCCCUGGCCCGAGAGAGGAAGACAGUGAAGACGCUGGGCAUCAUUAUGGGCACCUUCAUUCUCUGCUGGCUGCCCUUCUUCAUCGUGGCCCUGGUCUUGCCCUUCUGUGAGAGUAGCUGCCACAUGCCCACUCUGCUGGGCGCCAUCAUCAAUUGGCUGGGAUAUUCCAACUCUCUGCUCAACCCUGUCAUCUAUGCCUACUUCAACAAGGACUUUCAAAACGCGUUUAAGAAGAUCAUGAAAUGCAAAUUCUGCCGCCGAUGAUGGUGGCGGAGUAGCCGGUGAGCGGGGGGGCUACGAGACCCGCCGCCUUCACCCCGCGUCCCCCAGGCCUUUGGAAGCAACACCUAAGAUAACUUGCUACUUUUUCUUCGACUUUCUCAGCUGCUCCACCCGAGGCUUCCAGACCUCGUCCCCGCCCCGCUCCCCGCGCCAGGGGAGGGCCCUCUGCGCAAAGCGGCCCCAGCUGCCGGCCAGGAGAGCCUGGGAAACUCCCCGGUCUGUGAAAAGAGACACUGGCUCAGACUUGAGCCUCAGCCUCAGGUUUGAUCCCAGUAAUGACCUCCUCCCUUUUUCUCUGUCCCCCCCAAUGUUCGCGGUGGAAGUGUAAGACUCAGCGGUUCACGACAGAAAGUACACACAGAAAAAUAAACUGUGCACCCAGCCGCUCUGUCCACUAAGGGCUUCCACCUGACCGAUCAACUUCGAAAGCUUGGACUUUGCUCCACCUCUCUCGCCCUUUGGCCCUAGAAAUGUUCACU